AUGAAAGCCACUUUCACUUGUGAUGGUUACGUUUUAACUAACCACGGAACCCUUUACACCGAGCUUAAGUGGUAUGAGGGUGAGUUUGGUCACUUCGUGGGCCUCAUUGAGUUGGCGAAACAUGAAGAACCCACCAGAAUCCGGGCCCAGAGCCUCUACAACUUGAAGCUUCUCGACUACAUCGAAGCUUACAAUGAACAAUGUAAGAGUCAAGCGCUAUUCUCUUUGCAGAAGGACGAGGACGCUGCUUUAAAGCAGCUUUUUAAAGAGAAGCGCUUGCAAAGACAGAAGGCUGCCGAGGACGCCAAGUUAAAGGAACUUUUCAAGGAGAAACGCAUGCAAAGACAAAAGGCGGCUACAGAAGACGCCAAAUUGAAGGAACUUUUCAGGAAGAACCGCUUACAAAGACAGAAGGCCACCCCCUCUUUGCCUCUCGUCUUUGACUCAGACAAUGUGACUCCCAUUAGCCCAAACCAGUCCGUCACUUUUGGGUCCAGGACCGCUGUAACGACUCCAGAACGCUCACCUAACUCCAGCCUUCCCCACCUGGCUGGAACUAAGGUGGACAUCAAUGAUCUCUUCAAGUUGGCCGCCAAAGAGCAUUGCACUGCCCGCAAAGUCCUUGUUUUCGAAGAUGGCGAAACUCCAAAACUUGUGACUCCAUUUGAGGAGACCGAGCUUGACGUUAAGAAGCUCUUGCAUCCAAACUCACUGCCUCGUAAGGUUCUUGUUUUUGAGGACGGCGAGACUCCGAAGCUUGUGACUCCUCGUGAGGAGGUGGAGCUUGAUAUUGAGAAGCUCUUGGAGCUGAAACACCCCGAGAAGAAAACUAGAAUUAUACCUCAGAUCAAGUUCCGGUCUUCUCAGAGCUCCACUUUGGUCCCCACAAAAGGUACGCAGCUUGAUUACAAGCCGCCUUUGGCCUUACCAUACACUUUCACUGACACAGCUGAAGACGACUUGCCCACUCCUUCGGCUUCAAAGCCCGGUCAAGCCGUUUUCUCAAGUGCAUCAGAAGAAUCUACUUCUACAGAAGAGAUAGAGUUGCCCCCAACUCCUGAGAAGUACCAGCGCCGCUUUUGGCAGUUCCACAGGACUGAAGUUACUGGUGUCUUUUUGCCAAAUUACACCCCCUACAUGUACUCGAUGAAGUUCGAGGAGAUUGUCGACGAGGUAGAGGAUGACGACAAGAGUGUUUGCCUGUCCGAAUCCGAUAUAGAUUACGAUUGGAAUUAUGACUACUGGCCCGAUGACUUCGAAUUCUACAUGCUGUUGUUGGCCUACAAGCCCCAAAAGACGUACUUGCCAGGAGAUUUCUUCAAGUACAAGGAGCUCGUGUCUCAGAAGGAAUACACGCAGUUCUAUCCUGGCGACUUUUAUGACAGUUGGGAUGUGCCCCCUCCAGUGGAGAAACCAUCGUUACCCGCUUUGAAGCCAUCAAGGCCUUUUAAACCUUUCUGGGGCUACACGGUAACUAGCAGUAAAAGACCAGCCUAUGGCUUUGAACUAGUUUUUCAUGUUGCCGCCCAGCAGCCAAUUUCGGUUGGAUGUUGA